UACUCUUGAUUUUAAUCAACGAAUACCUGCAGUAGAAAAUAUUUUCCCCUUGAUUUCAUUUUCAAAAAGUAGGAAUUAUUUUGUAUUUAUAAAGGUUAUUGAGAUUUCGCAGCUGUUGCGAAAAAUACGGUGAUUAUGUUUUGAAAAGCGACUGCUUCAUUGCUGUUCUUAAGACUCAAGACAACGAUGGAGUAUACAGCACAGCAUUUGGAAUAUGCUGUCUCAGUAUUCUAUAAUGGAGAGCAAGCAGACCGAGCUAAAGCUCACGCGUGGCUCACAGCUGCCCAGAGGGUUCCUGAAGCAUGGAACUUCGUGUGGGAAUUACUUCAACCCACUAAGGGAACCGAAGUUCAAUUUUAUGGUGCCACAACUCUUCAUACUAAGAUCCUUCGAUGCUGGAGUGAAGUGCCACCAGAGAGCCACGACGAACUAAAAGAAAAGAUAUUGCAAGCGGUCUUUGCUUAUUCAAAAGGCCCUAAAAUUGUUACAAAUCGACUAUGUAUCAGUUUGGCAGCAUUCAUUCUGCAGCAAGGCACAACAGACUUGGCCACGAUAUUAAGGCCCUUGGCAAGUGCAGAGAGCACAUCUUUGCUUCUAGAAGUACUUACUGUGAUACCAGAAGAAUAUAAUAGUAUGACAAUGGGAUCAGCCCUGAGAGCUAAAAAUCGUGCAGCGCUGCAGCAAGCCUGUCCUGCUGUUUUAGAUGACAUGCUAAGAUACUUGCAAACUGUUUACAAUGACUACAGCAAGGAACCACCGUCAGACGAGAUUAUCCAGUCCUGGCAGAACGCAGCGACGUGCGCUUGUAGUUGGUUGACGCUCGGCGGCGAGGACUCGCUCGAGAGAGGCCCGGGGUCCCUAGCCGAUCGCAUGCCCUUGUGCCGCGCGCUGUUGACUGUUGUUCAUCUGUUAUAUUCCAUCAACGAGUGCGUGAGUGACGUGGCGCUUGACGCGUGCGAAGCGUGCCUAGCGGCGGUCCGCGCGGCGGGAGGCUCGCACGACGCGGCGCGCUUCCCGCACACGGCGUUAGAACUUAUCGCUGAGCUGGCAAGCCUCGCCGCGCCCGUGAUACAGCGGGAUAACGUGCCCAACUCUAUUAACGAGGAGCUGCUGUCAGCGCUGAUCACGUGCUGCGUGGCGCUGAGCGAGUGCCACUCGCAGGCCAUGGUCAAGGCGUGCGAGGGCGCCGGCGGCCUGGGCGCAGGCGCGGCUGGUGCGCGGCAGAUGAUAGAGCUGUUGCUGGCUGCCCAGGGAGCGCCCGGACACUACCCGCUGCACGAGAACAGGUCCAACCUGGUGUUCGGCUUCUGGUACUCGCUACAGGAUGACGUCCUAUUCGUGAUGGAGGACACCAAGAAAGUGAGCUUCUUCUGGCGCGAGGUGUUCUCGCGACUGCUCGACGCGCUCGUAUGCAAGUCCGAGGCGCCCGACGACGCUGCUAUGUCACGUGAUGACGUCGAACUGCUGCGUUGCUAUAGACAAGACAUCGCUGACACAGUCAUGUACUGCUUCGGCAUCCUAGGCGACUGGUGCUGGUCGCGCGUGGAGGCGGCUCUGACGUCAUCCGAAACGGAGGCGCGGCGAGAAGCCGCUUUACACGUAUUCGUGUCGUUAGCUGACGCCGCACCACAUCAACGCGCGCCACAAGGGCUGCUAGCGUUACUACAGCAAGCAGUGCAAGCGGCGCAUACCGCAAGAUCGACGCAGACGUUGCACACUGCGCUCGACUGCCUCGGCAGUUACGCGUCGUGGCUGAGCUCAAUACCGGGCGCACGCGGCGCCGAACUCGGUGGAGAAUGCGUACAAGCCGCGGGCGCCGCUUUACAGCGCUGUCCUGCGCCUGCAGCGCUCGCAUUACGAAAGCUCUGCUCAGAUUGUACAGCACCUGCGACCGCUGUGGCUUCGGAUAUCGUACAAAUUGCGCAGACGCAUCUUGAACAGAGCGAGCCUGGCAAAUGCGACGUGUGGGUGGCGCGACAAUUGGCGGGAGCGGCAGGUGCUGUGUUGGCGGCGUGCGAGCCUAGCGUAGCGGCCGCGUUGCUGCGGGGCCCGGCGGCUGCGCUGCACCGCUUGCUACAGGCUCAGGCUCUGGAGCCGCAGCGGUCCAAUGGCUCAGGCGAGUGCGCGGCGGUACUGAUCGAGGCUCUGGGCGCACAACCAGCGCUGGCUGACGAGCUGUUUCGUCUUCUACUGCCUACGCUAGCCGCACUAGCACAACACCCGCCAUUGGUCGAGCCAUUGUUCCAGAUACUGAAACACACCGUGUUGACGUUAUCAAACGAAUGCAACGCUGUGAUAGGAGACAUAGCACAACUCACCAUCACUAGUUUCAACACACAGCCGUGUCCUACAGGCCUUGAUGUCGUAAAACUGAUAACCAUGAUCCACGGGCGCGAGUGGGCGGAUGCGGGACGGUUAUUACACGCGUGCGUGGGCGCAGCGGCGCGCGCGGUAUUACGCGAGCCCAGCGCCGCGCCUGAAUUGGCUGAAGCGCUUUUUGCGCUGUUGCACACGCUUACUAAGAAGCGCCCGCAGUGCAUGGACUGGCUUGAAGAUCUACUGCCUGACUUGGUCGAGCUCGCGUGCGAGUGCGUGCGCAUGUGGGAGGCGCGUGCGGCGCGCGCGGCGUGCGGCUGGCUGGCCGUGCUGGCGCUGCAGCGGCCCGCCGCGCUGCAGCCGCGCGCUCCAGCGCUUACAGCUGCCGCGCUGAGAUGCAUCGGCGGCGCCACUCCGCGCAACCACAUCGAGCCGCUAGCGGAACUAUUAUUGGCUCUGAACCGCGCGCCGUGGGCGCUGGGCGGCGACCUAGGCGGCUGGCUGCGCGCCGCGCUCGCCGGCGACGGCUUCCCAACGCACCACGCCACGCCUGCCAGCAAGACCGCCUUCAUCGCCAACGUCGUCAAGGAGAAGUGCAGCAAGCGAAGGCUAUUAGAAACAGUCCAAGAAUUCUCGUUAGUUUGCCGCGGCCUUAUCGGCACGGAGUACGCGCGGCAAACCCUCGCUUCCAAACAGCUCGUGACCUAAAACAAAACUAGUUUUUUAUUGAUCUCUUUUAAUGGUUUCAGAUCAGAAACAAAUUCACUUAUUUUGUACAUUUAUUAUUAGGUUGACUAUGAAAUUGUGAAUAUUUAAAUAAGUAUCCUAUAUUUUUCCUGAAUGACGAAGAAU